UCUCCAAAAUUUCUCUGAGAUCCAUAUAUCCGGAAAUGGAAAUGACUUUUACAAUUCACGUUCCAGCUGGUGGUGGGUUUACAAUUAACGUUAAACCAGUUGCCGGAAACGUACCACUGGCUGGUGGAGAGGGUAGCGGAUUAAACGUUAAUGUAGCUCAGGUUCAUCCUCAGUCUGGUGACGGUGGUGGCGGAUUAAACGUUAAUGUUCAUCCUCCCGCUGGUGGCCUUGAACAAGUUAAGGAUGAGCCCCUCAACGUAGAAACCCCUGACCCAUCUUUGAAAAUGGCUAACCCUAGAGUAUUCUUUGAUAUGACCGUGGCGGGCAAACCGUAUGGUCGGAUCGUGAUGGAGUUAUUCGCCCACACGACCCCUCGAACGGCGGAGAACUUCCGAGCCCUCUGUACUGGCGAGAAAGGCAUGAGGAAGCUUGGUAAGCCACUCCACUACAAGGGAUCAAUCAUCCACAAUCUGAUCCCCGAUCAAAUGUUCUGUGGAGGAGAUAUCACUGCUGGUGACGGAACCGGAGGGGAAUCAAUCUAUGAGGAAAGAUUUUUCGAGGAUGAGAACUUCAUCAAUAAGCUAACAAGACCAGGUACCCUCGCCAUGGCUAACCGUGGUAUGGACACCAACGAAUCUCAGUUCAUGAUUUGCAUGGACAGUGAGUUUGGCUACCUUGAUACGGAGCACGUCGUGCUUGGCCAAGUUGUUGAUGGAUUGGAUGUGAUCAAGAGCAUUGGAAAGGAGGUCGGAGGUUCUAUCCGCGCCCGUUCACUGCCCGUGAUGAUCGCCGACUGCGGUCAGAUCUCAUAGAUAUAACAUUUAUCCUGUAACGUUGUUUCCUCAGCUAUGUUUUUGUUCUUCGUUAAUUUGGUGUUUCCGUUGAGUUUACAUUGGCUCCC